AUGGAGUCCUCAGUGAACCAGACCCUUAUUCCAGACACCCUAACACACGUGAAGGCCGACCAGGGAGUAUCAAACCUGGUCACCGCGGUGUUGUCCGGUGUUGCUCUUCAUAUUUUUGUUUUCAACCGCGGAGAAUGGGACGUUGGCGCACCCAAGAUCCCAGUUAGCCUGUUCAGCGUCCAGGUACUUCUGUAUAUUUUCCUGCUGUUCUCAGAGCCCCAAGCAUCCAUUCUAUCAGCGCUAUGGGAGACGACCAAGAUAAGCAGUUGCGUGCUUGCUGGUAUAACAGCCAGUAUCCUGCUGUAUCGUGCAUUUUUCCACCGACUCUGUCGAUUUCCGGGACCCUUAGGCGCACGUCUGUCGAUGGCAUACAUUGCGAGCAUGUCUGCGAAACACCCAGAUGCUUUCAAUUACAUUCAAGGUCUGCAUCGCAAACAUGGUGACUUUGUGCGGACAGGACCAACUGAACUAUCCAUAAACCAUCCUGAUGCCCUCAAUGUCAUCCACUCCGGUCAAUCGCGAUGCACGAAAGGGCCAUGGUACAGCAUGCUACACCCGUUUAUCUCACUCUUUGCGAUUCGAGACAAGGCAGAGCAUAGUCGGCGCCGUAAGCCAUGGGAACUCGCUUUCCGUGCCAAAGCUGUGCAGGACUACAUGCCCUCAGUUGACAAAUGCACUACCGAUCUGUUGCAGCAGAUUGAGCGGCAGAAAGGCGCGCCGAUUGAUAUGACCAUGUGGAUCAACUUGUUCAUGUUCGAUUUGACUGGACUCGUGGCCUUUAGCCAAGAGUACAACUGCGUGCGGGAUGGCAAGAAGCAUCCGAUCAUGGAAGUGAACGACUCGUCCAACCUAAUCUCCGGUAUCGUGAGCCAGAUAGUCUGGGCCAUUUCAUUCGUCAAGGUCAUUCCAGGUCUCAAUACCAAUAUGAAGCUGCUCAUCGAGUUUUCCGAGCAACAAGUGCGUAAUCGCGAGAAGAUGGAGAAGUCAGAUCACAGUGAUGUGUUUUCCUGGCUAUGGGAGGACUUCAAACUUGAGGGCCGUGAUAUGCCGCAAUCUCGUCUGGAUCUUGUGGCCGACGCAUCAUUGGUGAUUUUCGCAGGCAGUGGAACCGUCGCAGUCACCAUUAUCGGAGUGCUUUAUUUCCUCGCCAGUGAAUCACCUCGCCAUCUCGAAGCAAUUCAACGCGAGCUGAACAGUCUAGAGGAGAUCAACUCCCAUACACUAACAAAAAUGACUCACCUCAACGCUGUCAUCAAUGAGACUCUGCGACUCCACUACCCAGCGCUUUCUGGCUUCCAGCGCCAGACUCCAGCCAGCGGUAUCCACAUUGGUGAUACCUAUAUCCCAGGUGACAUCAACGUCAAGAUCCCAUUCUAUACGCUAUUCCGCGACGAGCGCAACUUCGACCAGCCCGAGACAUUCAUUCCGGAGAGAUGGACGACGCAGUCCCACCUGGUCAGGAAUAGGGAGGCAUUCGCCCCGUUCCUGCUGGGACCUUACAAUUGCCUCGGCAAAUCCCUUGCACUGAUGCAGGUGCGUCAUGUUGUAGUUGAGUUAAUUCGACGAUAUGACUUUUCUCUGGCUCCAGAGCAAAAUGCGAAGGACUAUUGGGAUGCUCGUACAGACGGGUUUGUGAUGGGUUUGGGGCCUUUGCAGCUCAUAUUCACAGAUCGGGCAGAUCCUCUUUGA